GAGAGGUCGCGGCAGGUUUCAACUUGAGGAAAUGUCGGACACGCCGCGAGCCAAGUUCCACGCGCUCCGUCCGGCCGUCGGCGUGCCGUCUUCUCAGGCUCGGCCACCUGCCCUAGAUGCGGACUCUGUCAUGCGCCCUAUUCUGCAGAGCAAGAAAGACUUUAAAUCACCUCGGCGGCCGUCUAGGGUGGUCGACAAGUCGCAUCCAGCAGACACAUACACGGUCAUUUUGCCAGAGAUCUACGAUGCCAUCAAGCCAGAAAGUCGAGGUGAAGGCGAUAUGAUGGAUCGUAGGCACAGCUCCAACCAAGCGACGCGACCGAGAUCUAAUGGCCCCGAGGCAGGUGAUGUGCUUGGUGGAGCUGCAACCAGUAUACGAGUGGACGAUGCAAAGCCACCUUUGGCCAGCGAUGUGUACUUUGAGCUACAAAAGCAGUCUAUGGGGAUGCAGUCUCCGCGAGCAAGGCAGUCCGCCAUGCAGCGCCACCUGUACCACGACAAGAUGCAGCAAAAGUACCAUGAGAUGCGUGUGCUCCGUGCUCGUGUCAAGCAAAUGGAGGCAGAAUUGGCCAAAACCUCCUCCCAGGCUGCUACGUCGUCGUCGUCGGAUGGAAGUCCGUCCACUGUAGACAGUGCCACCGACGCCCCGCAAGUGGUGGACAAGGCCUCGUCACCCGCCAAACCCCCUCAAAAUGACGUGGCGUCGCGAGAACGCAUGCAAAAGCUGGAACGUCAUUUAAUGCUCGCCAAGAACGAGAUCGCGACGCUGAACGACCAGUUGGACGUGGCACGAACGAACGACAAGGCCAAGAUCGACACAUUGCAAGCCAAGCUCGAGCUGGAGCGCGUGGCCAACAAAGUUCUGGGCGAACGGGUGUUUGACGUGGAUGUAUCCCUUCGAGUGUGUGUGUCCAAACUGACCGAAGCAGAAAGCGCGCUGGCCCAGGAGCGGCAGGAGCGGGAAGCCAUGAUCACGCAGCUCACUGCCAUGUCCCGCCAGGCGAUUUCCGAUCACCGCCGUCGAGCCGUGAGCAGCAAAGUCAAGGGGGUGAUCUCGUCCAUGGGCAAGGGAACGCUGCAAACCAAGCUGGACGCGACCACACAACGGCUGUUGGACAUGGAGAAUGCCAUGAAACAAGUGCAAAUGGAAGCGUUGGCGUGGAAGAAGGAGGCGCUCCAUCGACAAGCCAUGCUCACCGAAGCCACGAGCGUCCACGCGACGUCGACGUCUUCUUCAUCGGCGGGGUCAACAUCCGCUACAUUGACCAGCACCCAAGUGCCGUUGAUUUCCAAGUUGCUGGAUCUCAAUUACGCCCACGGCGUCUCGGACCGAGUGGUGCCACCGCAUGUGGCGUUCCAUGGCGGGCGCAUCAUCGAUGGCCAUGCGCUGCAGCUGCAUGUGGUGCACAGCGCCGAUCCGUUUGCAUUUCACGUGGUCGCGUACGAAAGCGCGUCGGCCCAAGAGGACAUCGUGUCGUUCUUCGUCGAUGACCUGCAGCGCCUGCUGCCACGUCAUGGCUCGUUCAACACGACGACGCCCAUGACGCCUUGUCAAAUGACCGAUCUUGUCAACGUCCUGUGCGAUCACUUGGCCGUGGGGUUUAAGAACGGCACGUUUGUCUUGGUGGAGCGGUCGCCUUCUUCUGGACGGAAUGUGGAAGAGCAUGGGGCGAGUGGGGGGGGUAGCGCCCCAAUGGAACAAGGGGAAAAAGUAUGUUUGUAUAGGGGCAAUGCCACCAUCAGUGGGAAUUACGUGAGCGUCGUGGUGAACGAACUGUACCAACUCGGGUUUGUCGGCGCGUGGUCCCUUGAGGUUCUGGCGCUGUCCGUCGUGGACGAAGUCGAGUGGUCGGCUUGCUUUAGUGUCGAUGAGGUCUCGACGCUGUGUCCGCACUUUUACGCGUACACGCCCCAUGAAGCCAAGGGACUGGCGCUGGCGCAUCUAGUCGACGCCAAUCAAGUGCUGCUGCAGCCCCUCCUUCGCACUUUGGAAAUCGACGUGCACAACCGACUCGUGUCCUCUGCCAUCCCAAGGACCUCCGACGCCACCGCCUCUGUGUUGUCCGCCCCACCAGCCUCAUCAUUCGCAUCGCCUGUCAUCCCCUCUACCCCCCCCUCGAAGGCGUUUCGCCACCACGCCCUCACAUCCAUCCAAGGCAAGCUGUACUACCUCACGCUUCGAGAGCUCUGGGACAGCACUGCCCUCGUUCAAGCGUCGCUCUUCGACGCGUACCACGACACACUGGCGGUGCACACGUGGAGGGAGCCAGACCUGCUCGCAGUCAUGCACUGCGCGGCGGUGCUGGGGAUGCCGUCCCAGCUGUCGUUCCAACAAGGCAUCGAGCUCGCGGCCCGGCCGACUCUGGCGCACCUGGUCACUGCGUCCCUCAACAUGACAAUCCAGAACCAAGUAGAACUGAGAUUUGACCUCAUGGCGAGGUCUCUCGGCCCAUCGGCGCACUUGUGCCGCACGUCCAUUUCAAUGCCAGACAACUCGGCCGAGGUGGACGUGGUCGGUCCCGUGAAAGAAGCCGACGUGCACCGGACGCUGACCCAGAUCACGUAUCCCCAGGCUGCCAGGGGUCAGCGGUUACGAGCCGGCACGUUUGCCCUCGUCAAGGUCUACUGCCCCCCCGCCGCCAAGGCGUAUGUGGUCAAGUUGAUGCGUCUGGAAGCAGCAGCCAGCACCGACAUACUAGUCGUGUACCACCGCCUCCCGCUCGAGUUUGUCUUGGCCUUGCUGUAAACUUAACUUAUCAAACUACGAAUAAUACACUCAUGAUAUCACA